CGUCACUUCCCACGCGCGCUGGGCUAUGCUAACAGUAGCUGUUAACCAACUGGCAGAUGAGAACAAUCCUCGACCUUUACGAGUCCGUGAAGUACUGUCAACAGAACUGUUGCUGCCCUCCACAAUCUUAGUUUUAGGGAUGCUAAAGACGAUGUAUAGUUUAUUUAACAGCUACUCAGAUGCCGCUGCAGCUCUGUGAAGAGACAGAUCGGUUGUUGACAUCCAUGACAAUUACGGGUGUGUACGGUGUCAGCUCCCCUCAGUUCUGAUUUGCUAGCCUAACUUUUUUCUUUUCGUGGAAGUGUUGCCCUGCUACCCAUUUAAUGCCUUUAUUCGCUCUGGCGCGGCAUUAGGCCGGACAGUGUUCAAAACCCGGCUGAGAUGAAGCUCCAGUGUGAUGUCGAAGUGGUAAAUCGUAUGCUCCCCACAUAUGGGAUGAAAAGUCGGGGGAAGGGAACGAGAGCUGUCCUUUCCAUCGGGAAACACUUGGACAAGACGAGUCAACGCAGCAGUAUUUACAUGAUGAUCUGCACAGCCAAAGACAGGGCAGGAUCAAAGUAUAAGCUGAAAGGCAACAUAGAGAAGUUCUUCACUUGGUUUGUAGAGGAAGGCAAAGCAACUGUGAGGUUAAAGGAACCUGCUGUUGACAUUUGUUUGAGCAAGGCUGAUGCAAACAGCUUGAAGAACUUCCUCUCAGCAGCUCGUCUGGCAGACAGAGGAAGUGAUGCCAGCAGCCUUCCUCUCUCUACACUUACACCUGUUCGGGCCAGAGAUGUACAGCAACCAAAGAAGAAGCUCAGCAUCAUGUCCAAGAAGGAUUACCCCCUCACCUCCAACUUCCCCUACACUCUGGAGCAGCUGCAAGUCUCGUACUGCAAACUGUCACGGGUGGACAUGCGCAUGCUGUCCCUUAAAGCUCUACGCAAACUUGACCUUAGCAACAAUCAUAUCAAGAAACUCCCCGCCACUGUUGGUGACCUCAGCUGCCUCUCUGAACUCAUCCUCCACAACAACCACCUUGAAUCCUUCAGUGAGGCCCUUUGUUUGUCCACCUUGCAGCGGACCCUCCAGGUCCUGGACAUCAGCCAGAAUCGAUUGCAGUCCCUGCCUGCUCAGUUCUGCCAGUUCAGGGAACUGGUGAACCUCAAACUGGACGACAACGAGCUUUUGUGUUUGCCAUUCCACAUUGGCCGACUCUCGAAAUUAAGGUUCCUGUCUGCUGCACAUAACCAGCUAGCUGUUCUGCCCGGUGACUUCCGUAAGCUGUGUCUGGAGAACCUAGACUUGUUUGGAAACCCAUUUAUCCAUCCCAACCCUCUGGACCACACAAUGCAACUUACAUUCCCCCUUCCACUCCAAGAGAUGGCCUCCAGAGCUGUAGCUAAUCUCAGGAUUCCAUACGGACCCCACCUUAUCCCUGCCCAUUUGUGCCGGGACCUCGAAGUCGCCAAGACCUGCGACUGUGGUUAUGUCUGCAUCAACUUCUACAUCAAAACAGCAGUGAGCAUGAAUCUGCACCAAGUCUCUCACACAGUUGUGCUGGUGGAUGACAUGGGAGGCACGGAAGCACCAGUGCAACAGUUCUUCUGCUCGCUCUCCUGCUACUCCGAAUUUUUAGACAACUCCCUCCAGAGAGGAGUCAGAUGAGGAGGAACACUAAGUAGUGUCUGAAAACUGCUGUGGAUGCUGCAGUAGUUUGUGUGGCAAAACACUGUAAGAAGUUAUGUUGGGAGACAAUGAUAAGAGGAAGCUGCUCUAGUUAGUAGCCAAGUGGUAUGAUUGCCUUUAAAUGACAGGGCAGUUUGGACUUUAUUAAACUUUAUUUUUAAAACUGCUUCAAACUGCUUGUUUUACACUUAAAUUUAACUUAGUACCUGCUCCAUUUGUACCACAGUGCCACUGACCAUUUGUACACAAACUCCCAUGCUGCUUACAGGUCACAGUAUCUUGUCGUUUUCUGUUCUUUUGGUUUUUAGAGCACACAGCAGGUUUUUCUAAUGACCUAGUUCUAUAAGGCUGGGGAAUAGAGAAAUAAGAUUAAUUUUCUCUAACACAGUGCCUCAGAGUCUAUUAACAGCAGCUAAAGCGAGUUGACUGUUACUGUGCUGACACUUUUUAUAAAUGCAGAAAAAAUAAAAGUAUUCAUUAUCA